CUCCAUUUGGGAACAUUGGUCUGACCGUCUGACGUAUCUUAACGGCGAAUCGGCGGAUGCAGCGAGAUCUAUACGUCAAAAAGUACGAGUGGCUGUAUAUUUUGAAAGAGUUUUGACUUUAACCUCGCGACGGAGCUGGAUUUGGCCGCACAGGACUCAAUAUGUUGGCCCUCAUCAAUCGGAUCUUGGACUGGUUCAAGUCCCUUUUCUGGAAGGAAGAGAUGGAACUCACUCUUGUCGGUCUGCAAUACAGUGGAAAGACUACCUUUGUGAAUGUCAUAGCGUCGGGACAAUUUAGCGAAGAUAUGAUACCGACUGUAGGCUUUAACAUGCGUAAAAUUACCAAAGGCAAUGUCACUAUAAAAGUAUGGGACAUUGGCGGUCAACCAAGGUUUAGAUCUAUGUGGGAGAGAUAUUGUAGAGGAGUCAACGCCAUAGUUUACAUGGUAGAUGCAGCCGAUUCGGAGAAGAUCGAGGCAAGCCGCAACGAAUUACAUAAUUUGUUGGAUAAACCACAAUUGUCUGGGAUACCAGUGUUGGUUCUGGGUAAUAAAAGGGAUUUGCCUCAUGCACUGGAUGAGAAUGGGCUCAUAGAACGAAUGAAUUUAUCUGCGAUUCAGGACCGUGAAAUCUGUUGCUACAGUAUUUCGUGUAAAGAAAAAGACAAUAUUGAUAUUACGUUACAGUGGCUCAUAGCGCAUUCAAAAGGUGGAGUUCGUUAAUAUAUUUAAAAUAUCCCAUUUGUUAGUAUCGGUGAGUCUUUGAUACUGAUAACAGUAUUGGGAUCAAUUGUGAAACGAGCGCAUUGAGCAACUUUUGUUCAAAACCAAGUCAUUAUUGUAGAAAACUACUUGAGCUUUAGCUGAUCUAAGUUGAAUGGUGCAAAUGCCAUGAUAAAAUUAAAAAAAAUUGUGCUUAUAUGCCAAGAAUAUGCUCGUGUGAAUUAUACCAUAAGGCACUCACUUCCUGCGAGCACAUUAGUAAUAAGGAACAAUUUUUUAUAUUUUCGUUUUAGAUAAGUCCAAGAAUAUAUUCCAAUACUUGAUAACAAUUAAAUAUAAUUAGUAUCUCUGUAUUUUCUAUGAUUGCCGCUAUUGUGUAAAGCUGAAACAAUACCAACAUAAUCGCAGUUAAUUAUUGUGAUAUUAUAGUCUAGAUGUCGAUAUUCUGAUUUCAUCUUGUACCCUCGAAAGAUACCAAACGUUUCAUGUAUAAAUUAGAGAAAAUUGUAGCUAUUACGGAAUACACACGCGCAAAGAUAUCAGUAUCAAUUAAUCUACUAUAGUGUAUAUGUAUGUACAUAUACACGCGCGCGCGCGCGCACACACACACACGCACGCGCGCACACGCACACACACACACACACACACACACACACACACACACACACACACACCCACCAGAAAACUUUAAUAACAAAUAAAAAUGACAUAUUGCAAAUAUCGCCUUUGUUUCUUCUUAAUUCAAGAGAGUGGUAAUUCUCAAUCAAAUGCUACUCUUGUGCGUUUGUAUAAAAUUACAUUUAAAAAAGUAUAACGGGACAAAUGUAUUUAUCACAUGUUUCAAAUACAAUAAAGCGAUUAAUGACUUGAUGACAGUAAUGGAAUAAAUACAAAAACAAUGUUAAAAACAACUUAAAAACAUUGCAAGAAGUACUACAGAUGUCUAAAAGACUGGAUUGCAAUAGAAUAGAUAAAUUUAUUUACUUUGCAGCGAUACGGUAAAAUUUAAACGCUCGCACAUUUUUCGUUAUUUAUUCUAUAAAUUUUAUUUAUUUCUAUCUAUAUAUAAAGUUUUAUAUAAUACGCUGGAAUUUCUUUUAAUUCACUUUCCUAUGGUUACCUGCUCAAAUUGCCGAUAACAAAAUGAGUUAAUGUUUCUAAGUAACUCGGUCUGUUUAGCUGCACUUUGUGACACAAUUACAAAAUAUGUCAGAGAUGAAUUGCUUUAUGUACCAUGUGUAUUUAAACACUUCGAUAUUUAUUUAUACCUAAUUCGAAGUACGCAUUUUGCAAAAAAGAUAGACAUAAAAGAGUUACAAAAAAAAUUUUAUAAGAGUACCAUAUAGGGAAAGGAAGAGCUUUUUCCUAAGUUCAAAAUGCUGAAAUAAAGUUUCAGCUAAAUUGAACUGCGCUUAUAUACCAGUAUAGUAUUUCAUUUUCUAGCGAUGUUACAGCCAAAUUUCGUUAUAUUUAUUAACUGUACAUGACUCACUCUUUUAAUAAAGUGGUCACAAUAAUAUGUA